UCGAGAUGUGUGAUAUAUAUUAAGACAGUCAUGCUGACACACUCAGACAGGUAGACAGUAAGGUAGGUGUGUGACAAUGUACCUGUGUCGAGAUGUGUGAUAUCUAUUAAGACAGUCGUGCUGACACACUCAGACAGGUAGACAGUAAGACUCGGCAUUCCAUGAGACUUCUGCUUGGAUGCUGCACAUGGAAAGGCUAAUUUCGCAGGCGGUGGAAGCAGUUACAUCGUCACUGUCUCAGACCUCCUCCGAAAAUGUCAGCCCCAUCAAAGUGCCCAUUCCCCACCAUCCCCUCCAUCUGCUGGGCUCAUACGGGGGAGGCAAGAGGUCUGACGACUGCUUUCUUCUUCCAAGUGGUUAUGCAAGGCCAGACGAGCCCAGCGGCUGGUGCACAAGCUUGUCCGGCUCGAGGUCCAGGUUCAAUUCCCCAUAUAGGGAAGAAAUGUCCGAUUCCGUUCCGGGACCAGGCAACCAGGAACAGUCUCAACAGUCCCAAGAUAACUCCUCCGAGCCUUCCACUACAACUAACCGGGAAAAAACAUUCAUCUGUCCGACAUGCCUGAAAGGAUUCCGGAGCAAGCAGCAAUUGAACCAGCAUAGCUUGGUCCACUCGGGAAUCCGAAAGUAUGAGUGCAGCUAUUGCGACAAAGCCUUCAAGCAACUGUCUCAUCUCCAGCAGCAUCAGAGGAUUCAUACAGGAGAAAAACCAUAUCGAUGUAACCAAGAUGGGUGCGACCGAGCAUUUGCCCAAUUGUCCAACCUGCAGCAUCAUCUACGAAACCAUGACGACCAGGUGAAGAAAGCGACCAACAAGCAGUUCAAAUGUGUCAUCUGCCAUCGCAGCUACACCAAUGAGAGCAGCCUCAAGUCACACACACUCAAGAUGCAUAUACACAUUAAGCCUAUAGAGAGUCCGGACGACCUUAAUUCACACAUCAAACAACGAAAGAAGAAAUCAAAAUCGGAACAUUUAUACAACGCUCCAACAAUGGUGCCUACCCACGACCAAAACCAUGAUCGAAGCCUGGGAUCCUUCCCGCUUGCCCUCGGCCUUCAGGAGAGGUCCCGCUUGGACGGACCACCACAUUCGCCUCUCCUUGGUCUCGGGGGCCUGGGACAUUCCGAGGCACUACGGCAUGAUCGCAUGGUCCAGAGUCCCGGAUCCGAUGGACCCCGGAGCCUAGAGAAACACAGUCCCGGAAGUGAAAAGCUCAUGUCGGGGUCUGGAUCCGUGAGUUUCAUCGAACUGGACGAUACCGGGGAGGUGGUGAGCGCUUCCGUCAACAGGCCGCCAGGACAGGGCUUGAACCUGAAUCACAACUUAGGGUUGGACCGAGGCGGGUCCCUCUCUCAAAUCAUGGACAGAACUAGUGCUCAUUUAUUAAACCGCAGUGGUUCCCAUCUGGGGCUAGACCGCCGAAACUUGCAACCGCUGAGCUUGGACCGCAGCCGUGGGCUGAAUCUGGUCAGUCAAGGCAUGAGGAUCCAGGAGUCCUCUGUGUCAUCAAGUUCAUACCAAAGCUCUGUUUGUACAACAUCCCCCAAAUCAGAAGUGACAUAUUCAUCGCCGUUAACGCCAUCUGCAUCGCAUUCACCUAUCUCCCAUCAUUCUGACCGCCUUUUCUCCCAGUCUGUUCAUGAUCUUAAUCGAUCACUGUCCAGCCCAUACCCUCACAUGACCUUGCCAACCGACCGCAACCCGUAUCCAGCUCACGUCAACAACAUCUCCCUGCCCAUGGAUCCAAUGAGCCUGCCGGUGUCGACACAUACAGGCCGGCCCUACCACAGUCAAAUGCAGCUGUCGCCACGCAUGCCACCCAUGUUGUCUCUGCCGACAUCAAGUCACAUGACCUUGCCAACCACCCCACAGAGGAUCCAUGAUUCCAUGUCAUUCUCUCCGCUGGGCAACUGACUAUAGGCCAAGGUCAAGACUCGUGGAAGCUGUACGCUGUAUUGGAGGCAGCAACAAACUGGUAGUGAUUCUCUAUAUUUGAAACAUAGAUGGAACUGCAGACUCACAUCUUUUCAAAGAUGUUUACUUCAAAUAUUUUUUUCUUGCCAUGUAAACAUUUUCACAUCCCAGAUCAGAUCCCUGAAGGAACUAGACCAUGUCAUUUAUUCAUUUCCUUGGUAACAAUCAGAAACUGGCUGAGGUAACACAGAGAAGGAAAUAUAAGGAAGGGAAGAAUUAUUUUAUUGAUGCAAUACAAAUAAAAUCCCGGAACUUAAGGCUACCUAACCUUCCAUUGUGCCAAGAAAUAUUUUGCAUUGCUGGAAUUGACACUGUUUUGAUUAUACCCAUAAAAAGUUCAAAAUUUUAAAAUUUCAAAAAUACAAAACACAUUGUAUCCCUUCAGUUGAAUAAGCAGGUAGAUCUAUAACAAACUUGGUCAAUAAAAGUACGAAAUUUGAUAUAAAACAUCACGAGACAUGAUGAUUUACCAUUUAAAAUGUAUUUCCUGCUCUCAAAGGCAUUGUUUUAUAUGCAAAGAUUAAGAUUACCGUGUGUAUUUUCUCGUAAACUAAGCCGGAAAUAGCAAUCAGCUGUGCACACGUUUCCUCACAAUCUACCGGUGAUUCCGUUAACCUGUGUGGAUGAGGUCCCCCAUGUUCUGCGGGGUGGUCUCUAUCACCAGCAUAAAUGAAUACUUCCUUCAGGGAUUUGGAGAAAAGGCUUUUCAAAGUCUUAUCAUAGAUACUGGAAUUGGUUUAAGAAUUAAUUACCGUUUCCUUUCAUUGAAUGGAACUUCCUGAUGAAAUAUGUAUUAUAUAUCAAUUUAUUUUGUGAGGCGAUGGAAAAACACUUUUUAUUUUCAAACUAUGUGCCAAACUGGUAUUAUUACAGAAUUAAUUAUUGAAAAAGUCAAGUUGUACACUCCUGAGCUUCAAGUUAGGGAGGUUGUUGAGAAACCAAGUCUUGUUGCAUGGUCCAGGGGAGAUAACUCUCCCCACAUUGGCAUCUAGAAUUCUCAAGCUGAUUGUUACUGUUUGAUUUUGUUGGUGAACAGUCUUGUUAUGUUGGUGGUUUGUUUCUGUUACAGUCUAAAACAUGUUUUCUUGGAGGAGACAUUUCUUAAAACAACAUUUGUAUAGACAUGUGAUUUAAAAAUGACAAAAUUGGUUAAAUUCAGAUUACUAGACACAAGAGUAUGAAGAAAUUGUGUAAAAAGUGUCAAAAUAUUCUGUUGUAAUUUUUCAAAAGAUUUUUCUUUUGUAAGUUUAAAAUUCUUCAAAUGCAAAGUCUCUACACCUAAUAAUUGGAAUAUUGGAUUUUGAAAUUAUAUGAAUUAAUUUCACAUUGCAUAUCCAAGUUUGGAGUCCAAAGCAAAGCUGACUGGCCCUUACCAAGGAUAAUGUAAUAAUUUUUGUUUUCAGUGUAUGUACUUGAAAAAUACAUUAUAAAUUUAAUAUUAUUUUUCAGAAGUGUCAUGAAAAAUGACAUUUAGAAGACUUUAUCUAUUCUUAUCCAGUCUUUUAUUUUGGCGAUCCAGUCAACUUUUACCCAGCCCCGAAUAGAGGUUAUCUGAUAUUGUGUAGUGUAUUCAAUACACCAUGAAAUCAACUAUUUGAUGUGUUGUUUUUAUGCAUUUACUGUAAAUAUUUAUUUAUUUGUUUAACCUGGGAUUGCCCUGUAAGGGUCAACGUGUUGAGAUGUGUAUAUAUCAUGAGAGUAGAGAAACAUAUGGUGCGUGCUUAUAUGUAGCUUUGUCAGUUGUCCGAGAAUAGAUAUGUGCUGUUUUGUCAUAAAUAUUAUAUCUAGAUUUUAAAAUUACUCAUUACCAGACAACUUAUUAUAAUAAUACUUUAUUUCAAUUUUUUCAUUGCAGUGUUUCAAUGAUAAUUCUCCUCAAAUUCUUGCACUAUUUUGCACAAAUAGUCACUUGUUUCUUUCUACAGGGUAAAGGAAUUCUGGUGUUGAAUUUUAUUCAAUAUAUGUGAUUAUAUUUUUAAAAACUACAUGUCAUGAGUUGACACAUCACACUGAAAUGGACACUGCUUUAAAAAACAUGUCCAUUAAAAAAAACAUGGGUUAUCUUGCCAAUUAUUCAUAUAUUGCUAUUUAUGUUCAUAUUGAUUUUUUGAUAGCUUCAAGCAAGAAAAUCUAUUUAACUAAAUCAUAAUGCAUGUCAUUCUUCCAUUUAAUGGAAUUAAACAUUGUUUUAUGGCUCUGCAUAGCAGAGAGCGUAAUAUUCUUUUCAUCUUCAAACCGGAUUCACUUUUAAUGUCAAUCCCAAUUUUACCCCCAUACUUUGAAAUAGAAUUAUGGUUGAGUUCAACUAGUAAAUGUUUGAAUCAUGGGGAAGUGUCAUGUAAAAUUGGAUGUUGAUGUCUAACGUAUGUAUUUUAAUCUUUGAUAUUAAAUUUCAUAACUUGAUAUAUGCCUGUAUGGGAUGUUCCUUGUGGCAAAGUGUAAGGGUUUCCUCUGUGCAUUACAUGCCUCAAAUAUUUAUGUUUUGUUAUAGCUUGGAAGCUUCUCCAUGCACAAAUGCAUAUUAUACAAAGCUUUUGCUUGAAGCAACGAUGGAUGUUUUUUGUGGUGCAGGGUAGAAUGCUUGUUAAUCUAGUGUUGUGUAGUGUGAGUAAAUUCAUCUGUGUCUAUUGCCGUGGUGUUGAGGUAGCUUCAUCAAGACUCGUGGUUUAAUGGUUCCACAGACAUCCAUGGAACCCCCAUUCGAGCUGAAAUCAAGAUGUGUUUAUUUUUAAUAGGUAUGAUUAUUAUCUGCGUUUUUAACAUUAUACGAUAUGAUUAUGUUGUUACAAUAUCAACUGUCAGAUUGAUCACUUUUUUAAAAUAGGUAUACACAAUUUUUGGAGAGUUUUUUCACUUACACAUUUAAUGAUUGACAAAUGUUAACCAAUAUUACCAGUAGCAAAUGUAACCUGACAACACCUAUUUGAAUUAUUAUUAUUUAAAAUAGUUACAUGUUGAAUACCUCC